CUCAACGCUGAGGGCCAGGAGUGGAAUGAUGAGUUCGUUGUUGGCCUCCAGCGCAGUCUGCGCGCGUGCCGCGUGUUCCUGUUCUACCCACUCUACUGGGCUCUGUACAACAACAUGAGCGACAACUUCAUCAACCAGGGUAUGACCAUGGAGCGCCCUGACUGGCUCUCAGUUGACCAGCUCAAUGUUGUCAACAGCCUGGUGCUUGUCAUCUCGAUCCCCAUCUUCGAUAACUUCGUCUUCCCUAUGCUCCGUCGUUGCGGCCUUCGUCUCGGUCCCAUUGCUCGUAUCACCACUGGUUUCGUUAUUGUGGUCUGCGGCUUCAUCUACGUUACUGUCCUGCAGAAGAUCAUCUACACCAAGGGUCCUAACUUCGACUUCAGUGGUCCUGAGAUCAUGAACGACGGCGUCAACCACAUCAGCGUCUGGUACCAGAUUGUUCCGUAUGCUGCCGUGGCCAUUUCGGAGAUUUUCGCCUCGGUCACUGGUCUCGAGUUUGCCUUCAGCCAGGCCCCUGCCGAGCUCAAGUCGGUGCUGACCUCAGUCUAUCUGUUCACCAACUGCGGUGGUGCUCUUAUCGGUCUGAUCCUCUCGAUCUGGGGCGGUGAUCCCCAGGUUCUGUACGUGUUUGCUGCCGAGACUGCCGUCCUUGGUGUCAUGGCUGUGGUCUUCUACUUCUGCUUCCGUCACUACGACGACAUUGUCGCCGAGCAGGAGCAGUUC